CUGGCAUAAACUCUUUAACUCUUGUCCACACCAGAAAUGGACAAUAACAUCAAAUUAAAAAUUGCCAACCCGAGACAACACGCAGGCACAAUAUCAAAACUGUUUUUUCUUUGGAUUAUUCCUUUGUAUCGUAAAAUAAUUAAAAAUGGAUUACAAAUAUGUGACCUGUGUAAAAUUCUGGAAUCGGACGAAUCGGAAAAAGUGAGCGACAAGCUGGAAAACAACUGGAACAAAGAGCUGCUCAGAGCUAAGUUAAAAAACGGACAACCCAGUUUGCUCAAAGCAAUCGGGGCCACUUUUUUCUGGAAAUAUAUGAGUUUUGGCGCGGUUCUCUUCAUACAACAUGUUUUCCUUAGGUCUUUUCAGCCAAUUGUUCUGUCCUAUUUGAUAUCACUUUUCGGGCAAACUGACCCCAACCACACCGCCAUGUACGUCUCCUCUGGAAUUCUGGUAACACUCUCACUCCUUAUAGUCUUGUCCAUGCACCAGGUGAAUUUCGGACACGCCUCAAUCGGGAUGCGGAUCCGAAUCGCAAUUUCCGCACUCGUUUACCGAAAAACUUUAAGACUGAACCGGAGGUCACUCAACCAGACCUCAAUCGGCCAAAUCGUCAACCUCCUCUCAAACGAUGUCACGCGGUUCGACCUGGUGGUCCUGACUUUGCACUAUCUCUGGAUUUUGCCGUUCCAAGUGUCGAUUAUCACAUUUUUGUGUUGGUCCCAAGUCGGCAUUUCGUCGCUGGUUGGAGUGGUUUCAAUCGCACUUUUGUCACUCCCUGUCCAAGGCUAUUUGGGCAAGUUAACAUCGAACUAUCGCGUCAAAGUGGCGCAAAAAACCGACCACCGGGUGACUUUAAUGAACGAAAUAGUGUCGGGAAUCCAGGUCAUUAAAAUGUACGGGUGGGAAAAGCCCUUUGAACAUAUUGUCCGGCUGGCGAGAAGCCAGGAGGUCAAAGCAUUGACUAUUACUUCGUACUUGCGGGGGAUUUACUUAAGUGCGAUGAUUUUUGUCGAACGAACCGCCCUGUUUUUGACUUUGUCUUGCUACGUAUUUAACGGUAACACAAUCCUGGCCCAACACGUGUUCUCAAUAUCACAGUUCUUCAAUUUAUUGCAACUGACCAUGUCGAUAUUUUACCCACUUUCCAUAAGUUACGGAGCUGAGGCACUUGUGUCAAUUGACCGGAUCCAAGCCUUCCUCCAGAUGGAAGAAGUGGAGCCUUCGAAAAUCGAGACUGACUUUAACCACGGUGUUACUCUAAGCAAUGUCAAUUCACAAUUGCUGAAAAACAUCACGUUCAAAAUCCCGCAAGGAACACUCUGUGCCAUUGUGGGCCCUGUGGGGUCGGGUAAGACGUCCUUACUGCACCUCCUCCUCAACGAAUCGUCCUCCAAGUGCGGCAAAAUCACCCUCCAAGGGUCGAUUUCUUACGCCGCGCAAGAACCUUGGCUUUUUGCCUCAACAAUCCGAAAAAACAUCCUGUUCGGUAACAAAUACGACAGACACACGUACAACAAAGUGGUCAAAGUGUGCGCUUUGAAAAAAGACUUCGACCAGUUUCCCCUCUCUGAUAAGACCCUUGUUGGGGAAAGGGGCUCAGCUUUGAGUGGGGGGCAAAGGGCUAGGGUUAACCUAGCCCGGGCUGUGUACAAAGACUCCGACAUUUACCUCCUGGAUGACCCUUUAUCCGCAGUUGACGCACACGUUGGUAACCACUUAUUCGAACAAUGCAUCCUGAAAUACUUGAAAGGCAAAACCAGGAUUUUGGUCACCCACCAGUUACAAUUCUUGAAACGCGUUGACCACAUUAUUGUGCUCAAAAACGGGCAAAUUGAGGCACAAGGGACUUACGCGGAGCUGAGUCACUCAAAAUUGGACUUUCCGACGGGGAAAAGGGACGAAGAGGUGGCGAAACCAGACAGCGAUUUGCACACUUUGAGUGAUAGUUUUAUGCUUGAAUCCACAAAUUACAAGAACGAAGUCGAGGAUAUUGAAAGUACAGGGAUGUCUGAAGGGGCGACCUCAUUGAUUGAGUACGUGAUGGCCUCAGGGACCCUCUGCCAAAUUUUUCUGGUGUCUUUGGCUUUGCUCGUGUGCCAGACUUUGUGCAGUGGGACCGAUUUUUGGGUCACGUUUUGGACCCAACAGGAGGCUCUCCGAAAUAUCACGAUUAAUGAAACUUUGACGGUUCCUGUGACCCAAACUAUUGAUGUUUUCCCCCACAAUGAUAGUUUAACCGACUCUUAUUCCUACACAUACAAUGACGAGAAACAAAUAGUUAAAGAAGUAACAGUUAGCAAAGCUUUGAUCGAAACCCGAACUGCGCUUUACGUUUAUUUGGCUCUGAUCGUAGUUCUGAUUAUCGUUACGUUCCUCCGAUCAAUUUUAUACUUCACUCUGGCGAUGAAAGCGUCCAGAAACCUCCACAACAACAUGUUCACCACCCUGCUCCAGGCCCAAAUGAAAUUUUUUAAUAGCAACCCCAGUGGGCGCAUUUUGAACCGAUUUUCCAAAGACAUGGGAGCUAUUGAUGAAAUUCUACCGAAAGUUUUACUCGAAGCGAUUCAAAUCACUUUGACCAUGUGUGGUAUUUUGGUCAUGGUGAUCAUCUCAAAUCAGUACAUGAUUCCAGUUGUGAUUCUCCUCGGAGUUGUUUUUUCCAAAAUACGGUCGUGGUUUGUCACCACGACGAAAAAUAUCAAACAUUUGGAAGGAAUAACUAAAUCCCCGGUUUUUUCGCAUAUGAAUUCAAGCUUGUACGGGAUUACGACGAUAAGGGCCUGCGGGGCUGAGGAGAUGCUCAAAAAGGAGUUUGAUCGACAUCAGGACGUACAUACUUCCUCCUGGUUUUUGCUAAUUACAACAACAUCGUCAUUCGGAUUAUGGCUAGAUUUAGUAUGUGUGGCAUUUAUAGGCUUUACUUCCUUCAGUUUUAUUCUACUGAACCAUUAUUACCAGAUUAGUGGAAGUCUCGUCGGUCUGGCCAUCUCUCAAUCGCUUAUUCUGACCGGAAUGCUGCAAUACGGAGUUCGUCAAAGUGCAGAAGUGGUCAACCAACUCACUUCCGUCGAACGAAUUCUCCAGUAUUCCGAAAUCGAGAAAGAAGGACCUUUCAACACUUCUCCUGAACACCGACCACCGCCUUUCUGGCCUGACAAGGGCCAAAUCGAGCUGCGCGACAUGUCCCUGCACUACUCCCCAGCCAAGCCCCCGGUGUUGAAAAACAUAACGGUGAAAAUCGCCCCAGGUCAAAAAAUCGGGAUUGUGGGCCGGACAGGUGCCGGGAAAUCGUCCCUAAUUGCGGCACUUUUCCGCCUGAGUGACAUUUCCGGGACGAUUUACAUUGACGGAGUGGAUACGAAGAAGUUGGGGGUGCACGAUUUGAGAAAAAAAAUCUCGAUUAUCCCACAAGUGCCAGUGCUGUUUUCGUCAACUGUGCGGUACAAUUUGGAUCCAUUUGGGGAUUUUGAAGAUGGAAAACUUUGGGAUGUUUUGGACGAAGUGGAGUUGAAAGAUUCGGUUGUGAGUCUGGACGCUGAGGUUGCCCGUGAUGGGGGGAAUUUUAGUGUGGGGCAAAGACAACUGAUUUGCCUGGCGAGGGCGAUUUUGAAAAAUAAUAAAAUACUGGUGAUGGACGAGGCUACGGCCAAUACGGACGAUAAGACGGAUGCUCUCAUUCAAAAAAUGAUCCGGAAGAGAUUUAAGUCAUGCACUGUGAUUACAGUGGCUCAUAGACUCCAUACCGUUAUGGACUCAGAUCGGAUUAUUGUGAUGGACGAUGGCCGAGUAGUCGAAUUCGACCACCCUUAUAAUCUCUUACAAAGGCCUGACACAACUUUUUAUAAAAUGGUUUUAGAGACGGGACUAGAGACCAGCGUUUACUUGGAAGAUAUGGCCCUCGAUGCAUUUCUCAAUAAGCAGUCAAUUCCAAGCGCCAAGGAACAAUAAUGUGUAAGAUAGGCAAAUAUAAAAAUAUAUUCCUU